AUGGAGCACGUGACGCUCUGCGCCGACUUCGCCGCUCGCCGCGAGUAUCGCCUGCUCGCGGUGGAUGCCGCGUGGGUGCAGCGCCAGAGGGAGAGGAUCGCCGGUGGGUGUGAGGAACAUCAACCACAACAACAAGAGGGGAAGGGAGAAGCGAAGAAAAGAGGAGAGGAAGCCACGCUGCUCAUCAUGAAGGGGCGUGAACAGCUGCUGCUCUGCGAUGAGGAGCAUACAUUUCGCGUGCGUCGCGUGGAGUACUCAAAUACACUCCUGCUCGCGGAGGAGAGGGCGAUGUGCGACCAUGAAGACACGUCGGUGGCUACCGCCUCGGAAUCAGCUGCUGGCACAGCGUGCGACGGAAAGGUGAAGCAGAAACAUGUGGUGAUCUGUGCGGCGGAGCGAUUGUUUGAGGCAAAGCGUGCCACCCCGCAACAGGACGCAGUGCGGCUGCUGCUACAACGACCCAUGACUAUUGAUGAACUGGAGGCUGACGACGAAGAGGACGAUGACAAACGGUUAUGCAAAGAUGCUGGUGCUGAGGCGGAGUCAUCCGCUCUAGGCGGCAAUGACCAGCGCGACUACACAUUCCCGCAGCUCGUGGCUCUGUGCCGCUGCAGUGCGCACGAGUUGGCGACCACGCUAGCGGAAGCGGGUGCUGUCGUGCACCGCGGGCAUGUCCGCUUGCUGCACCCGUCGCUACUGCGCGAGGCGCUGCAGGCUGUGUUGUUCUUCUUCGAAGGUGGUGGCGACACGACGUGGGAGGCGGCGGAGGCCCAUUUGUGCCCCUCUGUUUACCCGCCAGUCGUGGUGCAUGCUGUGCGUGCGGCGUACGGUAAGACGGAGCGGGCACCUGACGAGACGGCGGCGGCGGCGCUCCUGCAGACACGGAAGGUAGUGCAGGCGUUGGCCGCCGUCGUCGUGCUCGCCGGUGCCGACGAGGCAGACAAUGACGCGAUGGGCGCGGCGGCCAUGCUUCCUUCGCUCGAGCUCGAGCGUUUCUACGAUGCGUGGGCCGACCACAUUCCGGCGUCUUUUUUCGCGUGUGGCGCUCUGCCGCCGAGGUCAGAGAAGGCGGCACUGCUGUCUUUGCUUAACGGCGCUGUUAUCAUCCGGAGGACGCGCGGCGACAGCGACGCAGGCGCGGUGGUUGUGUGGGCACCACACGAGGCCCUCCCCGCCGAGCUGCCGCAGCGGGUGGAACGGCUGUUUGAGCUCAACCCGGGCCGCUGGGAUGCGGACGCGCUGCGGGCGUACGUGCAACCGCUGCUCGACCCCGGCGUGGCCUUCGACCACGUUGUGCACCGCCACGCAAAGGAGUUCCGCACACCAAACCAGCCUGUCACUUAUGGUAGGCUCGUGUAG